UUGGUCAGUGUUGAUAAUGUGGAAAACUUGGACAAUUUGGAUAGUGUGGACCUUGUGGAUAAUUUGGAUGAUAUGGAUGACUUAGAUGAUUUGGAUGAUAUUGAUGAUAUUGAUGAUAUUGAUGAUGUUAAUGAUGUGAAUGAUGUAGAUGAGGCGGAUGAUGUGCGAGAUGUGGAUGAUGCGGAAGAUGCGGGUGAUGUGGAUGAUACGGAUGAUGUGGAUGAUACGGAUGAUGUGGAUGAUGCGGAUGAAUCAGAUGACGCGAAUGACGCGGAUGAAUCAAGUAACUCAAAGUGA